AUGAGUCCAUCAGAAGAGAAUUCAGUGAAAUCACAAAAUGACACAAAAUCUGUUUCCCCGCUGUCUUCGGUUCAGCAACGUAGCAAACAAUUUAUUUGGAAGACUAUUAUCACAGUAGCAGUGCAAAUUUUAAUUUUAUGGGUAAUAUGCGCUAUCGUCUUACCUAUUGGAACGCUCAAGAUGUGGAUGAUGGAUAAUCCCUGGUUUUCCUGGCUAUGUGGAUGUCUGGGAACAUUUCUUCAACUCGAGAUGUUUCUUAUACCGCAAUUUCAGUUUGCAUUCCCAUACAACUAUAUCGUUUUGAUAAUUGCUACAAUCAUCAUUGGGUUUCCCGCAGCUCUACCACUGAUCACUGUAGCCUUCUGGUGGACAUUUGUCACAUGGAUAAUUACCAUGAUUAUUACAGCGAUUGUUGUGACUGCCAGUGUGUUCAUAAGAUUCGAUAUGCUGCGAAGUUUUGGAAAGCUGAUAAUUACCACAUUCUCCUUGGAAUUACUCUACUGUGUAAUAUUCUUCCCAUUCAUCUAUUUCCAAAAAUAUGAUAUACUCAUAAUGCUGUGUGGAUUGGGUAUGAUGACCACACUGAUUUGGGUGAUAGCACUCAUUGUUCAAGCUAUUCUAGCUGACUUUGCGUCACAGACUGAUAUGACACGUGUUCGCGUGAAAAAUGUUACCACUGCUUAUGAUGAAUUCACAUGGAGAGUACAAUGUCGAGAUUCGCAUUUAGCAUACACGUAUGCAACGACUGUUGAGAAAUUACAUCUUGCUCAUGAACUUCAACCCUAG